GCCGCCGGGAUGAGUGUGGACACCAGCUCCCCCAAGCCUGCGCCGGGGUCCCUGGAGAGCGAGGGGGGCCCGGGGGUAUCGCCGCUGACCCCCCCUCCCUAUGCCGGGGAGGGGGCUCUGGAGCUCCGAGGGUCCCUGGACUGCUGGGCAUGUGCCGUGCUGGUCACCCUCCAGAACUUGAUGGUGGGAGCGCUCAACCUCCUCUUGGCUGGCAUCAUCUUCGGGCUGAUCCUGCUCCCUGCGGGCGUCCUCUUGGGCUUCGGCUUUCUCUGCCACUCCAAGUUCCUGAACACCCAGGAGCGCUACUGCACGGCCCACCUGCACGACGCCGCCUCGGUCGCCCUGCUGGUGGUGGGCUUCACCCUCCUGGUGCCCCUCCUGGUCCUGGCCCUGGCCGCCUACUGCCGCCUGGCCCGCCGCCUCCAGCUGAGCUACUGCCUGGUGCCCUACAGCAAGGCCAUCUACAAGAACCUGCCGGCCGCCCGCUACCACGGCGUCGGCUGCGGCUGCUGCUCGCAGGACCCGGAAGUUGGGGAGAAAGUGUGGGUGUGA